UUGAUUUUUUUCGCAUCUGAAUAGUUAGCAAAAUCAUACGUGCAAUAAAAUUAUGAUUCAUGCAUUGUUAUAUUGAAAUAAUAAAUGUUCGUAUCUUAUCACAUUUAAACGGGCUAUUUAAAGAAAAGUCGAAUACUCAAUUGUAACAGUUGCAAUAAACUAGUUUCUUAACGAACAAUGUUCGAUAGCAUACAGAUUCAGUCGUAGUCAACAAUGGGGUACGCAAGUAUUGACAAGUCAGCUGGCGACAUGAACAAUGAAUGCGAAACGUUCAAUCAAGAUAAUUACCAUUCAAACUAUUGUUAUAACAUGUGCCACAAGAAACGUGGCCUAGCAUUGAUAUUCAAUCAUGAAUAUUUUAGUAAACAAAGACAACGAAGAGGUACUCACAUCGAUCGUGACCGUUUACAUGAUACAUUCAAAUCGCUCGAUUUCAAAGUAAAAAUCUAUGAGAAUAAAACCAAAUUGGAAAUAUUGGCCAUUUUGCAGAAAGUUGCUGCUAAAGAUCAUUCGAACAAAGAUUGUUUGAUUGUUGUGUUCCUAACUCAUGGUGAAAUUAAGUUUGAUAACGAUGAAGGGUGCGAUACAAUAUUGAAUCAUUGCCUAAUGAGUCAUCUGCAUACUUCAGAUGCCUUGUUGCCGGUUCGUAGCGUGUGUGGAUAUUUUACAAAUGAAAAAUGCCCGAGUUUGGCGAACAAACCGAAGAUGUUUUUCAUUCAAGCGUGCCAAGACGAGAAAAAGAGCGAUGAAUUGUAUGAUAUGAACGAAGUUGAAGAAAAUAUAGCGAGUCCGUCGUCGGAUGUAUCGUUUCCACAAAAAGAUUUUUUAAUCGCAUACUCAUCGAUGCCAGGUGAAAAGUCAUUUCGCACAACUGGACAUGGAUCGUGGUUCAUUCAAGCGCUUUGCGAUGAGUUGAAUAAACGUGGAUUAGUGGACGAUUUAACGCGGAUCAUGACUAGCGUCUCGUAUAGAGUAGCAUUCGAUUAUGUAUCAUUUGAAUUUGACAUCGAUCAGAACAAACAAAUGCCGUGCAUUGUGUCCAGAUUGACUAAAUUGGUAUUUUUCCCCAAGAACAAAUCGAUUUUGAGGAAUCAACACAUGAAACUACUUUCAAGAUGCUUUUCGCCAUCCAAAACUAAAGAUGAUAUUGAAUUUUAAGGAGCUUAAGACAUGACUGAUACACUUUUAUACGCUUUCGAUUAUUAUUCGAAUAAAAAUUUAGUUUAACAUUUUCGAAACAA